AUGAAGACUUCUCUUCUUCUUGGCUCCCUCGGGCUGCUGUCCAAGGCAGCUGCGGCAAACGCUCCAGUCGCAAAGCCCUUCACAAGGACUGCUCUUCCAGCAGCAGAGCUCCCCGCCGCCAAUGCAAACCUGAAUAUGAGCUUGACGACGGGAAUUCCACUCUCUACGCUCAAGAGUCUGCAGAAUGAAUGGUUAACUAGCUUUAACUGGACGAAGGAACAAGAGCAGAUCAACACAUACAACCACUUUACAGUUCAAAUCGGAGCUCAAAAUGUCCAUUUCAUCCAUGAAAAGUCCAAGGAUCCCAACGCCAUUCCUCUCAUCCUGCUCCACGGCUGGCCCGGCUCGUUCCUGGAAAUGACACACCUAGUCGACCAGCUGAAGAGCAACUCCAGCCAGCCAUUCCACAUCGUGGUGCCAUCUCUCCCCGGCUUCGGCUUCUCCUCUCCCGCGCCCAAUGGCUGGGAAAUUUCCGACACGGCAACCUUGUUCAACACGCUCAUGACGCAGGUGUUGGGGUACAAGACGUAUGCCGUGCACGGAACGGACUGGGGCAGCGGCGUGGCGUUUGACAUGUACGAUCAGUUCAACACCACCGUCAAGGCGGUGCACUUUGCGUUUUUGCCCUUUUUUGCGCUGACGCCGGAGCAAUUGGCAGCGCAGGGUAUUGCGCUUGCGGCGGACGAGAUUGAGCUGGAGGAUAGGGCCAUGGACUUUGAGAACUCGGGCACGGGCUACUAUAUUGAACAGACAACUACGGUGAAUACGGUUGGCCUUGCUCUAUAUGACAACCCCGUCGGGCAACUGGCAUGGCUUGCUGAAAAGUUUGUCAUCUGGUCCGACCCACGACGAGGCACCGGCCCGUCGUUCAUGACGGACAAUGAGAUUCUCAGGCAUGUGUCCUUGUACUAUCUGACGCAGACGUUCGACUCCGCCGCCUUUGUUUACGCCCAGAAUCCCGACGGCUUCUCGCACACUUACCGAACCGCCAGGAGCAAGCAGCCUCUGCUGUUCACCAACUUUCAGUACAACAUUCUGUUUUACCCGGAGAAGCUGGUGGCGACGAUUGGCAACCUGGUCUACUACAACAAGGUACAAUUCGGUGGCCACUUCCCUGGUGUGGACAACCCGACAGCGCUGGCAAGUGAUAUUCGAUUGAUUGGAAAAUAUUUCAAGCCGUAA